GAACGGGAAAAUCACAGUUUCUUAAAUACGCUUCUAAAAUAACUCCCCGCUCAGUACUGACAACAGGUAUAGGGAGCACCAGCGCCGGACUUACAGUUACAGCUGUGAAGGAUGGUGGAGAGUGGCAGCUGGAAGCGGGAGCCCUCGUACUUGCUGACGGAGGUCUGUGUUGCAUAGAUGAGUUUAACAGUAUACGAGAACAUGACAAGGCCAGCAUACAUGAAGCUAUGGAACAACAGACUAUCAGUGUUGCAAAGGCAGGUAUGGUGUGCAAGUUAAGUACAAGAACAACAAUUUUAGCAGCCACAAACCCGAAGGGGCAGUAUGACCCAAAUGAAUCAUUGUCGGUAAAUAUAGCUCUUGCCAGUCCUCUGUUAAGUAGAUUUGACCUCGUCUUGGUCUUACUGGAUACCCAGAAUGAACACUGGGAUAGAGUGGUCUCCUCUUAUAUCUUGGAAGGCAAGCAUCCAGUUGAUCCUGAUGACAAGCACUUGGUGAUCUGGAGCAUGGAUAAGAUGCAGGCAUAUAUCUCACUCAUUAAGACAAUUAAUCCAGAGUUAUCUCCUGGAGCCACAAGAGUGUUGCGGCAGUACUACCAUGCCCAGAGAGGUUCAGAUGACAGGAAUGCAGCAAGAACCACAAUGAGGCUGUUACAAAGCAUGAUUAGAUUGUCACAAGCUCAUGCACGUCUGAUGUUCCGAGACAAGGUGCUGGUCCAGGAUGCUGUAGUGGCUGUUACACUGAUGGAGUCUUCUAUGCAAGUAAGUUUGUUUAGCGUGUAUUUAUGUGCUGACCAGCCAUCUUAA